AUGGGGCUGUUGAGCUCCGCUAACAGAUGUUGUUGCAAGAACAUCCUGAGCUGCAACCUACUCAGAUGUGCGUGCUGCUGCUCGUGGAUCCGCUCUGUCUGCGGCAGGAGAACGAGCAAGGCCACGCAAGAGGAAUCGGACACGAAGAGUAAAAAGAAGAGGAAGUGGGUCCGUGGAUUUUGUGGUAGGGCGGUACGAGAAGCAGAGGAACCGUUGACAUCGGAGGCAAAAAAGAAGAGGAAGAGUACGGCGAUGAUCCCUGAGCCAGAGAAAUGCAAGUGGACAAAGAAGAUAUGGAGGAAAAAGAAGAGGAAGGAUGAACAGAACGGUUUGGCAACCCUUGUCAAGGGAAUUUCGCUCUCAAACAGUCCCAAGCACAGGGCAGCAGCAGGGGAGAUACUACGGAUCGGCAAUCAUAACAUUCCUAGUAGGGUGUUUACAUUCCGUGAACUGGUCGAUGCCACCAACUCUUUCUGCCCAGAAAACUUGCUGGGUGAAGGCGGCUUUGGAAGGGUGUACAAAGGAUGCAUUCCAGACACUAUGGAAGUCAUAGCAGUUAAGCAGCUUGACAAAGAAGGGUUGCAAGGAAACCGUGAGUUCCUCGUCGAGGUACUGAUGCUUAGCCUACUGCAUCAUCCAAACCUAGUUACCUUGGUUGGGUACAGCACCGAUUGUGACCAGAGGAUCCUAGUAUAUGAGUACAUGCCACUCGGUUCAUUGCAAGAUCAUCUCCUCGAUCUCACUCCAAAUUCUCAGCCACUAUCCUGGCACACACGGAUGAAGAUUGCAGUUGGUGCAGCUAGAGGCAUUGAGUACUUGCAUGAGGUAGCCAACCCGCCAGUGAUCUACCGUGAUCUCAAGGCAUCCAACAUUCUCUUGGAUGGAAGCUUCAAUGCAAAGUUAUCGGACUUUGGUCUGGCGAAGCUUGGUCCAAGCGGUGACAAAAGCCAUGUCAGCACAAGGGUGAUGGGCACAUAUGGCUAUUGUGCUCCUGAGUAUGCCAUGACCGGCAAGCUAACAAAGACAUCUGACAUCUAUAGCUUUGGCGUAGUUCUCUUAGAGCUCAUCACUGGGAGGCGAGCAAUCGACACCACAAAACCAACUCGCGAGCAGAUUCUUGUUCAUUGGGCAGCACCAUUCUUCAGGGAUAAGAGGAAGUUUGUGAAGAUGGCCGACCCAUUGCUUGACAGGAAGUUUCCUCUGAAAGGUCUAUACCAGGCACUUGCAAUCUCAUCAAUGUGCUUACAAGAAGAAGCAAGCAGUCGGCCACUGAUCAGUGAUGUUGUGACCGCCCUUACAUUUCUUGCUGAUCCAAACUAUGAUCCUCCAGAUGACAUCAAAGAUCCUCUGCCCAUAACAGUUCCAAACAUAGGCACAGAAACUAACCAAAACGAAACUGAAGGAGGUAAAGAACAAUUACAGCAAAAUGAAGAAGAAAGCCAUGAGAGAAAAAAUGAAGAAGAUAGCCAUGAGAGAAAAAAUGAAGAAGAUAGCCAAGAGAGAGAAAAUGAAGAAGAUAGCCAUGAGAGAGAAAAUGAAGAAGAUAGCUGA